AUGUAAACAAUUUUCGAUAACUUGACUCGUUUAUUUUUCAACUGCACGAACAUGAAUGACGACUUUGCGUUGGACGGAGAGUCAGGAAAAAAGGAUGCAAAGAAAGGGCGUAGGGCGAAGGGGGUGAAGGCUCCAGCAGCUCCAGAGUUUGAAGGCACGGAUGACUCACCACAGCCGCCAGCCACUAGUGCAAAUGACGAUGGUCCUCCCAAGCCUAGCCGAGUGUCAGGAUGGGGCGAGGAUGCACCAAGAAGAAGGCGAGCACCAGGCACUGGCAUGGAAACAUUUGAAGACGAGAUAUUUGAUGGACUCGAUAUUGAGUCUGAGAUGCAAAAGAUCAAUGAUCGGUCUGGAGGAAGGCGCCGCAAAGGGGGCUGGGACCAGGAGGCUGAUGAGAGACUUCGACCUCACAGUCCAGAGAAGAGCGAUGAGUCUGACAAUGACAUUCCUGUCAUACCAGACCUUGAGGAUGCACCAGAAGAAGACUUUACCUCAACGAUAGCCAGUGCACCCAAUGUGGCAGUUAACCGUGUGGCAACAUUCCGAGAGCUGGACAAUGAUCUCCUGAAACAAGCAGCUUUUCUCACUCUGGAUGGAGAAAUAGAUUUAAAGUUGCUGACUAAGUCACUGUCUACGGAGGCAGAUCUAUUGGAGGAAGACAAGCCAUGGGAUUGGGACCGAUUAUUCACAGAGGUAACAUCGGAACUACUAACACAGUGGGAGAAAUCGGAGGAGCCGACUGAUAGCGUGGGUCAGAAAGUUAAUGAGGUGGUCGUUUAGUGAUGUGUUGUGAUAGACUGGAAAACUGACAGAAAUGUGCAUAUCGUUAGGCCAGAAACAUGUUUAUAGAUUUUUGUUUCCAUCUGCCUGUGUCAGAAACCUUUCUCACAAACUUUAUUUAGGACCAAAAUAAGGCUGUGGCAAUAAAGGGUUGAAAAUCAGGCAUAUGGCGCCAAACUUUAUAUAAACCACAUGCAUUAUUAACCUAUAAAAUAUCUGACCAUAAUAUUCAUAUUUUUUUACAGACUUUUUAAACUUGAAUUUUUCCAAAAAAAAUUGUCCGUACAAUACCUUACAAUUGGGUCACGGAUUUAAAUAGCUUUUAGUACACCUGUUUAACACUAUGAAAUACAGGUCAAGUUUGACUUUGGUUACAAUCCACCAAUGUUUGCGAAGUUAUGACUCUUUUCAUCAAAAUAUUUUACCAUUCCUGUGUCUAGGUGACGCGGUAUUUGUCACUCCUAUGACAGCUCUAGUUUUCGAUAGCAUUUCAAACGCUUUACGGCAAAGUAAGGCAUUCUCCGUCAUAUUCUUUAGAUAUUUAUUAAUGAUAUAAUUUAACUUUUGAUUAUGUUUUAUGAUUGUUAUAAGCAUUUUGUUUGCAUUUCAAGCAGUUUGGUUUCACCUUCUACAGCAUGGACAAGGCCCUUCAAGUCAAUAUAUACAUGAAAAAUGAAUGUAUUCUAUGGGGAUUACUACUACUGAUUUUUGUAGCAAGAUUGUUGCAAUUUCAUGAAUCAGAAAUUGAAUGUUGAAAUUUCAGCAACUAUCAUGGAUUAUGUUCAAAAUGCUCGUGGAAUCUCUUGUGUGUUGGCAAUAUAUAAAUGUUUGUGCUAUUUUAUAUCUGUAUGUGACAUGUGUGUAUUUUAGCAUAUUUUAGCAUACAUACAUUUAAGUAGUACUGAAAAUAUUUUGUGCAAAUUCUGAUUUUAAAUAGAGGAGAGAGAGCAAGUCCUUUUUGUGUCGCCUGUAAAGACGACAUAUAGGGGUUACUUUUGUCGGCGUCGUCGGCGGCGGCGUCUGCAUCCCAUUUUCGCUUGUCCGGGGUAUAUCUCCUAAACUAUUAGUGGUAUCAACUUGAAACUUCAUAUGUAGAUAGAUCUCAUGGAGGGCAAGUACAGUGCACAAUAACAGUAACUCUUGCUUUCUUAGUUUUAAAGUUAUUGCCCUUUGUUAAUUUUCAUGCUUAAAGUUUUGUCCGGGGCAUAUCUUGAAGAAUAUAGGAGGUAUCAACUUUAAACUUCAUAGCUAGAUAGAUCUCAUUGAGGGCAAGUGCAGUGCACAAGCACCGUUACUCUUGCUGCCAUAUUUUUAGAGUUAUUGCCCUGUUGUUAAUUUUCUUGCUUAGGUUUUGUCCGUGGCAUAUCUCGUAAACUAUAGGAGGUAUCAACCUGAAACUUAUUCCGUAGGUAUAUCUGAUUGAGGGAAAGUGCAGUGCACAAAAACUGUAACUCUUGCAUCUAUAUGUUUAGAGUUAUUGCCCUAAAUGUUAAUUUUCAAGCUUAAAUUUUGUCCGGGGCAUUUCUAGAAAACUAUAAGAGUUAUCAACUUGAAACUUUAUAGAUAGAUAGAUCUUAUUGAAGGGGAUCGCAGUGCACAAAAACUGUAUCUCUUGCUUCCAUAUUAGAGUUAUUGCCCUUUGUUAAUUUUCAUGUUUGACUUUACCUUGCACACUUUUUUAGCUCACCUUGAGCACAUUGUCUAUAAAUGAAUAAAAUGCCAAUCUAACAGCUAUAAUGUCGACAGUAAAUAAUUUGUCAGGCGACACAUCCGACUCGCGGAGUUCUAGUUUAGAAAUCAAAAUUUUACACAAUAUGUUCGAAAUGACUUAGAACAUCAUACAUGAUAUCUGUUGUUAAAAUCGGUUCUUAAUGAUUAAGCAUCAUACUUAUUGGAGGCUGAUUAGCAACUUUAUUGGCUGGACAUGUAGGUUGAAGUUCAAGUAUGAUCUGUGAUUGAUUAACUUUUCGUUUAAAUGUGAAAGUCUUGUUUAUAUUUCUGUAUCAUGCAAUUUUGAAAUAAAUAUGAAACAGAUUC